AUGGCGUCGGUCUCUGCGCUCGCCCCCGGGUUGCGGGCAGUAACGAGGCGGACGGUUAGGAUACCAAGCUCUAUUGUGCAGAGCCUCGGGCCGCAAAGGACCUUCUCCUCGCUACCGAUCCUGAGACCGACGACCUGCCCACGGGCCAGCCCAGUCUUCCGCUCUCCAUGCUCGUCGCUUCUGUCGCCGUCCAUCAUGCAGCCGGCCAUGCCAACGACCACCGCCGAGGCGGCGUUGGACCUGGUGCCAAAGACAUCGAUAACGGCCAACCCGGCGGCGCUGGGCCAGAUCCGGUGCGGACCGCGCCCGACCACCGCCAGGACGAGCCGGCUCAAGCGUGCGAGGAAGCACGGCUUCCUGGUCAAGGUCAGGACCGCCAAGGGAAGAAAGAUGCUCGCGAGGAGGCAGGCCAAGGGGAGGAAGAGUCUUGCUGGUUGA